GAUCUUAGAAUCUCAAGACAUGUAUUUCCUUGGACUGUUGUCUUUGCUUGUUUUGCAAAGCAAAGCCUUCAAGACAAAUUUUCCUGAUGAAACCAUUGCUGAGCUUUCAGUGAAUGUUUACAAUCAGCUGCGAGCUGCAAAAGAAGAUGAGAAUAUUCUUUUCUCUCCUCUGAGCAUCGCAAUAGCCAUGGGAAUGGUAGAGCUUGGAGCCCAUGGAACCACUUUGAAAGAAAUUCGACAUUCCUUGGGUUUUGACAGCUUAAAAAAUGGUGAAGAGUUUACCUUCUUGAAGGACCUUUCUGAUAUGGCAACUACUGAAGAAAGUCAUUAUAUUCUGAAUAUUGCUAACUCUCUCUAUGUGCAGAAUGGAUUUCAUAUCAGUGACAAAUUUCUGCAGUUGGUGAAAAAAUACUUUAAAGCUGAAGUAGAGAAUAUAGAUUUCAGCCAAAGUGCAGCUGUAGCUACCCACAUCAAUAAGUGGGUGGAGAAUCAUACAAAUAAUAUGAUCAAAGAUUUUGUGUCUUCAAGAGAUUUUGGUGCUCUAACUCAUUUGGCGCUCAUCAAUGCAAUCUACUUUAAAGGCAAUUGGAAAUCACAGUUCAGACCUGAAAAUACAAGAACUUUUUCUUUCACUAAAGAUGAUGAAAGUGAAGUGCAAAUUCCAAUGAUGUACCAGCAGGGAGAGUUUUACUAUGGAGAAUUCAGUGAUGGCUCCAAUGAAGCAGGUGGUAUCUAUCAAGUUCUGGAAAUACCAUAUGAGGGAGAUGAGAUUAGUAUGAUGAUUGUUCUUUCCAGACAGGAAGUUCCACUGGUCACAUUGGAACCACUGGUCAAAGCCUCGUUGAUUAAUGAAUGGGCUAAUUCUGUAAAGAAGCAAAAAGUGGAAGUGUAUUUACCAAGGUUCUCUGUAGAACAGGAAAUUGAUCUGAAAGAUGUCUGGAGAGGACUUGGAAUUACAGAGCUGUUCAGCAGUAGUGCUGAUCUCACUGCAAUGUCUGAUAACAAGGAACUUUACCUUGCUAAGGCACUUCACAAGGCAUUUCUAGAAGUUAAUGAGGAAGGAUCAGAAGCUGCUGCUGCCUCAGGAAUGAUUGCCAUUAGCAGAAUGGCAGUGCUGUAUCCUCAAGUUAUAGUUGACCAUCCCUUCUUCUUUUUGGUCAGAAACAGAAGAACAGGUACUGUGUUAUUCAUGGGAAGGGUAAUGCACCCUGAAGCAAUGAAUACAAGUGGCCAUGAUUUUGAAGAGCUUUAACUACCACCAGCUACCAAAAAAAGGAGAUAAGCACAUAAAGUUUGAAGUUAAUAUAUUUCAGGUUUGCUGUGUUUUCCCCCAAGAUACUGUUUAAAAUGCUUUCAGAUCUAACUGUGUGCAAGUCAGUUUCCAGAGGAAAGCUUACAGUAUUAAAGUAAUGGUUCUGUUUCUGUUGUUGUGAUUGCUGUGUCCUUAAAAUAAAAUUGUGUACAUGUCAACAACUGUUUCUUGUUCUAGUGAAUUGUAAAGCAAAAAAAAUGCAAAUCCAUUAUUCAUAAUUUUCUUACAGUCCAAAGACUGACUUGAUCAAUGAGACAGGAGCGGAAUGUGUGCAGCUCUGAAUAAUGCAAAUGGCAAACCUUGAUGAUAAUUUAUAGAGUUGAAGAACUACAUCUGGAAAAUGUGAUCUCUUCCUGUUCCUGUAAAAGUAGUAAACAGACUGUGAUACGCUGUCUCAUCAAAGUUAAUGGAACAAAUUAAGCCUAGUGGAUUUUAUUCUAUAAGAUAACUGUGGUAGACUUUGUGUGAACUCUCGCACAUGUGUUUCUAAAAUGUUGCUUUUAUGAAUGCUCCUGCAUGUGACUCUGCAAUUGACCCUCCAUAACUGUUAAUGCCAAUAAAAUUUGAUUGCAUGAAUAUUUGAGACUAGUCAGUGUAGAAUAGCUAUGUAUGUUACUGAAGUAAAAUAGCUGAAUA